CGCGUAGCGUACUCGCCGGCUCUCAAAAAACUGAUUCCCGCAACAAAAACUGGUGGCCUUUUCGCUCUUUGCUCUUCCCCGUUUGGGCAAUUCCUUCGAAGCUCUCCUCUCUCUCUCUCUCUCUCUCAAAUUUUCUCACGGGCUCUCAGAUUCUUCUCUCACUUGAGAGCCCUCGGAAUCCGCAGAAACGUGACGACUUGCUCGAGGAUUCUAGGUUUUCUCUUCCGUGCAUCUGGCGAGCGCCUCCGUCCGUCCGUCCGUCCGUCCGUCCGUCCGGUGUAAUCCUCUCGCUCAGCCUGCCUCUCCGCGCGACGAAUCGAAGCUGCAUUUCCGGGAAAUCCGAAGAAGGUCGGGAUUCGGCUUCCUCCUUUUUCCAGGUAUUUCGUCUUGAAGAGCUGCGGCGCUGUCUCCGUCCGCUCUUGUUUCUGUUGAUUCCGCGUUGAUUGUCUUCCGUUUCCCGGUCGCAUGCGUCCAUUGCUUGCCGGAGCUUUUGCGGCUUCGUCCGUGUCGCUUUCGUCGGUGUGUGUUCCGUUUGCUAAGAAGGGCUUGGUAAAUCACUUGUCCAAGGACCCUUGCAUCAGCCAAGCCAGAGAAUACAUAGUUAUGGAUGGAAAUGCAGCUGGUGAAGGGGAUGAUAAUGUUGACUGGAACACUGAAGAUGAGCUUGAGGUUGAGAAUUAUCCAGCAUCUUCUUCUUCAAGUUUAACUCCCCCCAGUGGAGAUGCUGCUUCAGGCUCUGCAGAGGCGAGUUCGUCAGCAGGUACAUCCCAUUCCAAGUUGUUUUAUCAAUUUGUGGGGAUGGGCUUUUCGGAGAAAUUGGUUGCAAAGGCUAUUGAUGAAAUCGGAGAGGGACAACCUGAUGCAAUACUGGAACAUCUCCUGACAUAUAAGGUACUGCAGGUUCUAGAAAACUCUCCUCAAGAGCAAGAUAUUGAUGAAUCUGCUGUUGUCAAAGAGGAAGUUGUGGAUUCUGAUCACUUCUCUUCUGACUAUGAAGGGAGCUUUUUGGACGAUCUUUCGGAUGAAGAUAGUUAUUCUGGAAGUGAGGAAGUCAUCAAUCCCUCGUCUGAAGAUAAGAAAUUGUUGUCCUUGACAGCUAUGGGGUAUCCAGUGGAAGGAGCUUACAUUGCCAUAGAAAGAUGUGGUCCCGAUGCCUCAGUAGACGAGCUGAUAGAUUUCAUAUGUGCUGCUCAGAUGUCAAAGGAAGCAGAUGCACUUCUAGGGCCUGAAGAGAAGCCUAGACUGCUCAACGACUUUAGAAAGCAAAAGAAGAGGAAACAUUCUAAUUGUGAUGCUUGGAGCAAGAAAAGAAGAGGCGAGAAAAAGCUCUUGCAUGGAGAUGAGGAGCAGAUUCGUCUCCCAAAUCCCAUGAUCGGGUUCGGGGUACCCACAGAGUCGAGCACGAUAGUUCACCGAACACUUCCAGAGGCGGCUAUUGGACCUCCCUACUUCUACUAUGAAAACGUAGCACUUGCUCCGAAGGGAGUUUGGGACACCAUUUCUCGGUUCUUAUAUGACGUUGAACCAGAAUUUGUAGACUCGAAGUACUUCUGUGCUACUGCAAGAAAAAGGGGCUAUGUCCAUAACCUACCUACAAAUAACAGGUUUCCUCUUCUUCCACUCCCCCCACGCACUAUUCAUGAAGCAUUGCCAUUGACGAGGAAGUGGUGGCCUUCAUGGGACACAAGGACAAAGCUGAAUUGCUUACAGACAUGCAUUGGUAGUGCGAAGCUUACAGAGAGGAUCCGGAAGGCCCUUGAAGAUAAUGAUGGUGAGUCAGAGCCGCCUCUGAGGAUCCAAAAAUAUGUCCUUGAUGAAUGCCGAAAGUGGAACCUCGUCUGGGUGGGAAGGAACAAGCUGGCUCCAUUGGAGCCUGAUGAAGUGGAAAUGCUUUUAGGUUUCCCGAAAAAUCACACUAGAGGAGGUGGGAUAAGCAGAACCGAUAGAUACAAAUCACUCGGCAAUUCCUUCCAGGUUGAUACUGUGGCUUACCAUCUCUCCGUUCUGAAGGACUUAUUCCCUGCUGGAGUCAACCUCCUCUCUCUCUUCUCUGGAAUUGGUGGGGCAGAAGUUGCUCUUCAUCGGCUUGGGAUCCCGCUAAAAAACGUGGUCUCUGUGGAGAUAUCUGAAGUCAACAGAAAUAUCGUGAGGAGUUGGUGGGAGCAAACAAACCAGAAGGGCAAUUUGAUCCACAUUGCCGAUGUGCAACAGUUGAAUGGGGAUAGGCUGGAGCAGCUGAUGAACUCUUUUGGCGGGUUUGAUCUCAUUGUUGGCGGAAGCCCGUGCAACAAUCUCGCUGGCAGUAACAGGCACAGUAGGGAUGGACUGGAAGGCAAGGAGUCCUCGCUCUUCUAUGAUUAUUUCCGGAUUUUGGAUCUGGUCAAGUGUAUCAUGUCCAAAGGCCACUGAUUGAUGUAAAGCAUCUUACUGAACAGUUAACCAAUUGAUAGGUGGGUUUUAGUUAUCAUCUGGCUCAGAAUUGAAUCGCUGAAGGGGAGCGCAAACAUCUCUAAUUGUUCAUCUUUAUGAUUCUGUUCUCCUCUCCAAUCCAAUAAAUCUCAUUUCACUUCCCUUGUUGGAAUUCGUUGAGUUAUUUCUGCAUUCUGAAUUGAAUUGCUUCGGAGGAUUGAUCUGU